GAGCGUAUUCUGCACGGAGCAUCCGCGCCAGCCUCCAAAGGAGCGAGGGGAUAAUGUAAUCGCCGAAAUGCCGAGGAGCUCCUCCGAGCACAGGCGACAGAGGAGACCGGAGCAGGGGGGCUCUAUGACCCGAGAGAGCAUCGCGUACUAAAAAGUAACUUUGUGGCAGCGCGUUGGGGGCUGAGCGGCAGGCAGGGAAGGGAGCACAUGGUACAUUCCUGCCGGCUCCGCUCGGCUCGCUCGCUGCCCGUCCUUCCCGCGGCUCUCCCCCAGCGCCCCUCGCCGGCGCCGCCGCGCCGCUCUCCCCCUGCCGCAGGCUGCGCCAUGGGGCGCGCUGGCCGCGCGGGCGGCCGGCAGCUGGCACGGCGCGCAGGCAGCCCGCAGCCCGUGCGAGCAGCGAGCCCGCUCUGCCGGUUAGGAUGACUCGCUGGAAUCUGCCGCUCAUUCCUCUUUUUCUGAUAGCGGACGGAGAACAACCAAAAAGCUACACUGGACUAGACCAAGGGGAAGGAGGCAAGACACAUGACAAAAAUCAUAGAGUGAAAUAGCUGGAAGUCCACCCACUGGGAAAGGCUGGAUGGCAGAACCACUGUGCAAAGCUGCUGUAAAGAAAUGCAAAGAAACUAUGCCCCAGACGCCAAUAUUUUCCAGCAUGCUUGGUUCCAGUUGUAGUGGGCAAGUGCAGCCAGACAUGGGAGAGAGAUGUGUGGACCCUGUUUACCAGGAUGGGAACCUUGUUUCUGGAUCACUGGAGGCCUUGAUAGAGCGCCUGGUGCCCACCAUGGACUAUUACCCCGAUAGAACUUACAUCUUCACUUUCCUACUGAGCUCCCGAGUCUUCAUUCACCCACACGAGCUCCUGGCUAAAGUGGGGCAGAUCUGCAUUAAACAGAAGCAGCAGCUGGAAGCAGGGACUGAGGCAGAAAAGGCAAAACUAAAAUCCUUCGCUGCCAAAAUCAUUCAGCUCCUGAAGGAAUGGACUGAAACUUUCCCCUAUGAUUUCCAAGAUGAAAAAUCCAUGAAGGAGUUGAAGGAGAUUGCUCACAGGAUCACACAAUGUGAUGAGGAAAAUGGAACAGUGAAAAAGAUCAUUAGCCAGAUGACACAGAAUCUCCUGAUGGCCCUUUCUGCACGGAGCCAAUACCAGGAAAUCAGAGAGAAAUUCCGUCAGCCUGUCACUGACAAGGGCACCAUCCUCAAAACCAAGCCCCAGUCAACUCAAAAGGACAUCCUGAGUGUGUGCUGUGACCCUCUGAUCCUGGCACAGCAGCUGACCUACAUCGAACUGGAAAGGGUGAGCAACAUUUAUCCAGAGGAUCUGAUGCAGAUUGUCAGCCACAUGGACUCCCUGGAUAAUCACAAGUGCCGAAGUGAUGUGACCAAAACCUAUAAUUUGGAGGCCUAUGACAAUUGGUUCAAUUGUCUCAGCAUGCUGGUGGCUACAGAGAUUUGUCGGGUUGUAAAGAAAAAGCAGCGUACAAGAAUGGUGGAAUUUUUCAUUGAUGUGGCAAGAGAAUGCUUCAACAUUGGAAACUUCAACUCAAUGAUGGCUAUUAUCUCUGGCAUGAACUUGAGCCCUGUGGCACGGUUAAAGAAAACCUGGUCCAAGGUCAAAACGGCCAAAUUUGAUGUUUUAGAGCACCACAUGGACCCCUCCAGCAACUUCUGCAACUACCGCACGGCGCUGCAGGGAGCGGCGCAGCGCUCGCAGAGCGCCAACAGCAGCCGCGAGAAGAUCGUCAUCCCGGUGUUCAACCUCUUCAUCAAGGACAUCUACUUCCUGCACAAGAUCCACACCAACCGCCUGCCCAACGGGCAGAUCAACUUCAAGAAGUUCUGGGAAAUUUCAAGACAGAUUCAUGAUUUCCUGACAUGGAAGCAGGUUGAGUGUCCUUUUGAAAAAGACAAGAAAAUCCAGACCUAUCUACUCACAGCACCUAUUUAUAGUGAAGAAGCUCUGUUCAUUGCAUCCUUUGAAAGUGAAGGUCCAGAAAACCACAUGGAAAAAGACAGCUGGAAAACACUCAGGACAACUCUGCUUAAUAGAGCCUGAGAAGUUUGGAUCAGAUUUGCAGACUUCAAAGCACAUCUAAUGGACAUGUUUUUACAACCUGAAUGAAAGACUUGGACUGAGCUAAGAAAGACCUCACUGGAUGAGGUCUGUUUUGUACAUACAGUAACUUUUAUGAAAUAAAAUGUGGUAAAUAUUUCACAUGUCAACCUUAAGGCACUUACUGAAGGGUUUUGGUUUUUUAUUUUAAAUAUAAGGGCAGGGCCCUGUUCUCAGAGAUGAAAUGUAUCAUGGGAGAUGGUAUCUUAUUCUAUCAGCAUCCAAAUUUUUAUUUUUUAUUACUUCCACCAGAACAAAUACAAAUUAAAACACACAUCCUAACUGAAGCCAGUGUUCAGGUUAAAUACCCCAUUGGACCAGUAUCCUACAGAACACUCAGUAUGUCUCCCUAGCUUUGAAAUGAAGGGUCUCCUUCAAAUCAGCAGAAUUGUUCACAAGUGUUUGUUCCUCUCCUCCAUCAGCAAAUAGUGCCUUACAAGGUACUGAGCUUGUGUAGUUGUACCUUCUGACGGGGCUGGAAGUAAGGGAAAUAAAAAUAUGGAUGACUCGAAACCAGCUACAAUGUACUUUUUAAAUAAAGUGGAGAAUUAUGGCACACGAAGUAGAGUAUACCUGCCUGUAACACUGAUGGUGCAGCAAACCUAUUUUUGUUAUGUGAUUCCAAGAGAUGAGAGGGGGUAACUGCUGGGUCUGUGUGUUUGUGUGUGAGUAUGUGUGUGUGCACGUGUGGUGAUGCACACAUGUCUAAGUUUUAAUACUUCUGGGAACUAUCCUUUACAUUCUGGCUGUCAGAAUAGUUUGUGUUUUCCUUUUGAAAAAUCAGGGAAUUGUCUUUUUUUCUGUUAUGUUUGAAGAGAAGAAUGUCUAACCUAGAUUAUAAUCUCUGCAAAACAGGCCUAAUAUGCUUUUCUAAAAAGAGUCUUUGGAAAACAAAAAAUCAGCAUGGGCCAGGGAAGAAGGGGAAGUAAAAUCAGAUGUCCAAUUUGAAGUUUAGGCUAAAGUUUCCAAAAAGCUUAAGAAGAAUUCAUCACUGUGAAUUGGUCAUUUAAUUCCAUUGGUUCCUUUGAAAAGUCCAGUCUGCACUUACAGACAAUUAAAACCAACUUUGAAUGUAAGUUUUUCUAGCCUUUUGCAAGCCAUGAUUAACUGCCUGGGACAGCACCCUCUGAAAUCUAAGGGCAAACACUCUAAGUAAUUAGUCAAACCUUUGAACAGAUCAGUACCAAAAUUAGAGGUGAUCUGCAAACCCAUUGAUGCUUACCAUUUCUAAUUUCUCCUUUUAAUACUGAGUUUACACCUAAUUUGACUAUCUAAGUACCUGAAGAGCUUCUGUUAAGUUCAAGGUAUUCAUUUCCAGGGGAAAAAAAAAAAUAUAGUUAGGACUUUUGUCCUGAUCUCUGAGUUAAGAAAGAAAAACAAACAGGCUCAAAUGAAAAACUAUUUUGUCUAAUGAACAAAUUAGUACCCACAAUUGCCUACUUUUCCAGUAAUUUUUCCUCUGAAAAGGCUUGAGGGCUGAAUAUAAGAUAAUAACUUAAGCCAGAUUAUUAGAUUGGUUUGGGUUUUAUUGUGGUUUGGGUUUUUUUGUUGUUGUUGUUCAUUAAAAAAUAACCCACAAAAAAGUCCCUCUGAAGCUGGCAGUGGUCACAGCCUCCCUAACAGAGCCCUGCAGAGGAUCUCUGCAAGGACUUCUUUAAAAAUGGCCAGCUCUGGGUGGAUGGUGUUUAUCCUAUUCUGCCUUCUGUUGAAGAAGGGGCAAGACUUGCUGGACUGAGGGUCUGGUUUACUCCAGCCCAGCAGACUCUCCUUGCCUGAGUGCCUACAGCCAAGAGCAGUGCCACUGUUUGAUGCAGCAUCUGCAAGCACUUAGCAGAAAUUUGCUUUAUAGGCCCUGGAGCACGGUGAAAAAUUAAAAUGCUUUCCCUCUUUCACUUCCCCCUUGACAAAUAUUUAAAAUUAGAGGAGUAAGUUGAUGUAAGGAAGGGAGAAAAAUCAACAUUUUGCCAUUCCCAUGGCAUUGGCAUCAAAGAGAAACAAAAGCAAGUUGUACCAAGAAGAAAGAAGAAGUAGAAUACUAACUGUUAACAAGAACAGCCCAGGAAAGGGGAAGGGAUAAUUCUUAUGACCUGCUGCUAUUUUUCCUGUGCUGAAGUACUGGCCUUCAGCCCUGGAUUCCAGUAAGAAUAUUUAUACUGUAUUAUUACAGUGUUUUGCACUUUCAGAGAUGUUCUAGCUAGUAACAUUGUCAGACACUAUACGAGGGAUUGUAUAUCAGCUUUGUUUAUGUAAUUCAAGUUUAAAAGGGAUGCUUAAAAUUUAAGAAAAAAAUAUAUAUUUGAAAUUCAAUUUUAAACCACUUUCUGUAAAUGUAUGAAAGAGCUUUCACAUGAAUGUGCACUUCGCUGGUCAAUCAGUCCAAGCAUAUACUUGAAAUCCAUGCAGUAUCUACAUUGGUUCCCUUUUAUUUUCCUCCCUAAGUUUGAUACAUUCCUUAAAUACAGUGUUUUGCUAUUCUGAGCUGAAAUGCUAAAUAUAAAGCUGUACCAUAAAGCAGGAUAUUCUGUGUUUGACUGGAUGUGCUUGCAUUAAUAAAAAAAUUCAAUUGCUUCAUGA